AAAGGUUAUAGCUGGCGACGAGGUUCAGCAAGCAUUUAGCUCAGUCAACUAUGUAGAGGUGCAUUGGAAGGACUUAGAUCUACGCUGGGACCCCAAGGACUAUCAUGGAGUGCAUGUCAUCAACAUACCAUUUGAUGAAAUGUGGCAUCCACAUGUCAUAGUCACCAACUCUGUUGACGUGGACAAACUUUUAGUGACACCACUGAACAACCGGCUUCUAGUCCGCUAUGAUGGAGAUGUGCUGUUACAUGGCCCAGCAUUCCUCAAAACUACCUGCUCCACUAACCUCACCAAGUAUCCUUUCGAUCAUCAGGAUUGUGAAAUUAUCUUCAUUCCUUUUCUUGAUGACUGUGAUAUCGAAGUUACAAGAGCUGGAAUUAUGAAGAUGCCCGACCCUUUUCAUUUACAAGGAGAAUGGACGAUUGUUUAUAGAAAUAUUUCCUUAUCUUCUUACGAAGGGACAAACUUUCAUUUGCCCCUUAUUAAGGUGCAAUUGACCAUUGCUCGAAGUCCACUGUUCUAUGUGGUCAGCGUCUUGGCACCAAUGCUACUGACUUCUGUGAUGACUUCAUUCGUCUUCUGCAUCCCUUCAAGUUCCGGGGAGAAAAUUUCUUUUCUCGUCACUGUGUUCGUCUCUAACGCAGUCUUCCUUAAUUUUAUCGCGGGCACUAUGCCUAGAAGUAUGACGCUGGACAACAUGCCCAGACUGACCAUAUUUCUGAUCGGAGUCAUGCUCGGAGGUUUCUUGGCCUUACUGGCCACUCUGUUCGUAAUGCGCCAGUACAACAUAGAGCAGCGGGAAGAUGCCAAACUGACCAGAGUGAGAACAGUUGGUAGUCCAAAACAUACGAAAGUCUUUACUGCUGAAUGUGUCAAAAACGACCACUCUAAGGCAAAUUUGGCGUUUACUGGUGUUGACCAGAAAUUGAUUGGAUUUACUUUACGUAGCAUUCCUAUGUUUCUGGAACGUUUCAAGGGAAAGAACUCAGCAAAAGUCGAGCCAAAGGGAGAUAAUUUUAAUACGACAAAUGCCAAGCGUGAAUGUCGACUUUCCUGUAAAAUUACUUCAAGGGAAUGGGAUGUUAUAUUUUUUAUUCUGUUUCACGUGACCAGUGCCCCGUUCUAUCUUUUAUUGUUUGCUCUUAAUUACAUUUAAUUAGGUUUGGUUUUCUAGCUGUAUUUUAAAUUAUUAAAUGGAAAUUUUUGUACAUUUUUUUUUAUUAAAUGG